GCGUGGGCCAUUUUCCCAAGUCGACCGAAAGCGAUGAUGUUCCUGCGCCGUGGAUCUGCGCCGAUGGCGUCGCUUCUUGGCCGCCGGUGGUGCCACGCGUCCAAGCUGCCGAACCACAUCAAGUUCCGCCUCAUGGACAUCGAGUUCACGCAGGUCAUGGAGGGCUCCAAGCUCGUCAAGUGGUACAAGCAAGAGGGCCAGAAGGUUGGGCCGGGCGGUCCGCUCUGCGACAUUGAGACCCCCGAGCUCAUCUUUGGCAUGGAGACGGACGACGCGGGCUACCUCGCCAAGAUCUUUGUCCCCGCCGGCGCCGAGAACGUUCGACCGAACCAGGUCCUCGCCGUGAUCGUGCCCAAGGAGGAAGAUAUUGCGCCGUUCAUCCAAGCCCUCGCUGAGAACCCAAGUGAGAUUGAAGAGUACAAGCCGUCGACGCCCGUGGUCGUGGACCCGACAACGAUUACGGACGGGUCGGACCUCCUGCGCUUGCUGAGCCAGCUCAACAAGGAAGGCGCGUUCCCGACCGAGAGCGACUACAAGGUUCUGAAAUCGCUCGCGCGCAAGAACGACGCCGAGCUCCUCCGCGUCUACAGCGGCAGCUUCCUCGCCGAGAGCGGCGCCGCCUUUGACAAGGAGUUCUUUGUCGAAAACUGCUUGGAUCUCGUCGAAGAGCACGCGGCCGACCAAGUUUAAUAACGCGAAUGGAAUCAUAAGCUCCAUCGAGCGGUUUUGCUGCCUCUCCUCUAGCAUCCUUCCCACCCUCA